AUGGCGGACAACCUGGAAGGUGUAGAGGCAUUGCUAUUCGACGUCUUCGGUACCGUUGUCGACUGGAAGGGCAGCGUAACCCGCGCACUCGAGUCCAAAGCCCAACAACUGGGCUUUCAUGCAGAUGAAGAUUGGACUGCCUUCACGGUGGAGUGGCGGGAGGGCUACAUGAGGAGCACCAAGGAAUAUGCCAAGACGAAGAAUGUCUCCUUGAAUGUAGACGAAAUGCAUCGUCAACUCCUGGAAGAGAUCCUGGCCAACCCUCGAUGGGGUCAUGUGGCCAAAGUAUUUAACGAAGAGGAUCGCGCUACUCUCACAUAUUCCUGGCACCUCAUAGACGGUUGGCCAGAUUCAUCGAAAGGGCUAUAUGAGCUAAAGAAGAGGUUCGUCAUCGGAACUCUAUCCAAUGGGAACGUCAGGUUGCUCGUUGACAUGGCCAAGCACGCAGACUUGCCAUGGGAUGUCGUCUUCUCGAGCGAGAUGCUCGGAUCGUACAAGCCAGAUCCGCAGACGUACCUCGGAGCGGCCAAGUAUCUUAUGCUGCCUCCCAGCAAGGUUGCGUUGGUCGCCGCGCAUAUCUACGACCUGCGCGCGGCAGCGAGUCACGGAUACAAGACGAUUUAUGUUCGCAGGACCAGCGAGGAUGUCGGCCUGAGAGACACUGUUAAGGCGAAAGCGGAUGGCGGGGAAGUAGAUGUCGUAGUUGACUCCCUCGUCGAUCUCGAAGCCCUCCUCAAGGGGCGCGAGAAGCUGUAGAGGUUGC